AUGUUCAUUCCCAGGAUGCUCUCUCUGCGACCCGUUGGUAUCCGGUCCUUCUCAUCAUCCCGCGCUCGCUUGAACGUCGCGCCACUGCCAUCAAGCAAGCCCGUUGGAGCUUUCCGAGGAGGCGUUUUCGGGUUCCUGGCUGGAUCUGUCGCCGCCAGCGCGUCGGUGUACUAUUACGUCCUAGCAGAAUACAAGAUCGCCAAUGAGAUGCUCUCCGAUGACAUUUCGGUAUGUCUCCAGCUUCUCGUGCUCUGCACUCCAAAUGGCCACCAUCAAGCUCCAGUCCUACAUCACCGAGCUGGAGUCCAAGAUUCUCAUAACACCAACCUCAAAAUGUUCCGCGUCGAACUCCUCCAAGACAAAUCCACCGCCACACCAGGCUGGUCCUAUGCGCCAACGCGUGGGUUCGACCCCACCCAGGCCAUGGCCCCAACCCUAGGCCGCAAACGCAACAUCCGCGACGCCGGCAAAGGCGGCGACAUUUCCUCCCGACAAGCCAACGCCAUCGCACGACACAUAACCGAACUCGACCGCGAAAAUGCACGCGAUGUCUCAAUCCCCAUUCCAGUAAGACAAGCCAAAGAAGCCGGAGCACGCGGCACACGAGCCAAAACCACCUCUGCCGUGCGCCGCAUCCUCCAAUCCCAAAAGACAUUCCGGAACCAUCUCGACGACGAAGAAGCAGCCAUAGCACUAGGCGCCACACCUGGAAGCGUUCCACAAAAUGCCGCUCUGGGCAAAGGACCCAAGGCUGCGCGUCGUAGUGAAACGCCUGUUACGCGGAAACGGGGCACUGGGACAUCGACGCCUGCUGAGACAGAUGUCGAGACUGAGGAGGAAGAACGGAAGCCGAAAUUGAUUAAAUCGGAAUAUGAUAAUGAUCCGCUUUUGCGUUCUUAUGCGCCGCCCAUGCCUUCGGAGAGGCUUAUGCAGAGGCUUUUGGCGGAGCCGCCGCUUUCUUAUAAGGCGGCUGGUGUGAAGCCUCCUGCUUCUGCGCCGCCGGCGCGCCAUUUUUGUUGUCUUUGUGGGUAUUGGGGGAAGAUUCGGUGUAAGAGUUGUCAUUUGAGGACUUGUAGCUUGGAUUGUUAUAAGGUUCAUGAGGACUCGAGGUGUGGUGCUUUCUUUUAG